AUGGAGAAUGUUGUAAUGUUGAUUGUUGGCGCUGGGCCAGCAGGCCUUGCAACAGCAGCAUGCCUUAGCCAAUUCUCAAUUCCCUAUGUCAUUGUCGAGUGUGAAAGUUGCAACGCAUCGCUUUGGCGCAACCAUGCCUACGACCGCCUCAAGCUACAUCUUGCAAAGGAGUUCUGUGAGUUGCCACACAUGUCAUACCCACUAGAUGUGCCAACAUACAUACCAAAAACUUUGUUUGCAAAGUACUUGGAUGACUAUGUUGAGCGUUUCAAUAUUCAACCCAAGUAUCUCACUAGUGUGGAGUCAUCCACAUUUGAUAAUGAAGAAAAUUGUUGGUCCAUCAUGGCACAUGACAUGGCAAAGAGCACAAUAGUCAGGUUCACGGCAAAGUUUCUUGUCGUGGCAAGUGGUGAGAAUAGUGCAGAGAAUAUUCCAAUGAUCCCCAGACUGCAAAGUUUCCUGGGUGAUGUCAUCCACUCCUCAAGCUACAAGUCAGGCAAGAGCUACUCUGGCAUGGAUGUAUUGGUCGUUGGAUCUGGCAACUCUGGAAUGGAAAUUGCUUAUGACCUUGCGAUUCAUGUAAUGACAAAAGAAUUAAUCCGGUUGGGGAUGACACUUGCUCGCCAUCUUCCACUGAAUCUAGUGGAUAACCUCCUUGUGAUGGCGGCGAAUUUAAUAUUUGGAGACCUAUCGAGGUAUGGCAUCAGAAGGCCAAAAAUCGGUCCAGGGCUAGUGUGCUAG